AUGAGUGAAAGAGAAGGUGAUACUGCUUGGCUCAACCAAACAUCCGUUGAACAUUUAAGCUGCUUGACGAAUCGUCUAUUCAUUGGUCCUAUUCCGACGAAUUUCCUUUCUGGGUCCACUGGUUUUUGGAAAAAGCGAUUCCAAAACUACUCUCGGCACCAGGCCUCUUAUGAUAUUUCCGUUGAACCUUCCGUAAACCAUAAACUCUUCCAGCGGUUGCAUACUCGUGUGAAUAGAUCCGUCGAUGAAGUUUCCAUGAGCAGAAUCCAUUCAUAUGCCUCUACCAAUCGAGCAUCCCUCGACUUGCCUCGGGCUCCAUUGACUAGUCAUCGUACAAAUAAUCGUGUUCGCUCCUCCCACUUAUCCAAACGAGACUCCCUUGCUCUAUCCCAAAAUUCUAAUAACCGCGAUUCUACCCUCAUACCCUACUCUUCCGAUACUGCUCGUGUUCGUUCUUCUUUCGACGUGCACCGUCCUAAUACCGCCGUGAGUUAUCAAACCUUUCAAUCUCGCCAGUCACUUGACCGACGAUCUUCAACUCCGCGUCAUCUUCGAUUUGCUUUAAGACAAAAUAAUCCUCGCGUCUUGGGCACAAGUGAACAUCCCAAACUUAGCGCUCCGUCUUCUGGCGUGGUUUUUCGGACUGAACAAGUUCUUUUGCGGGUCGAAACGUCUUCCAGCUUGAUUCCUACUGAUUUUAACGAGACGAUCGCUUCAAGGAUUCCAAGAAAGACCAUUCUUUCUUGGGCCCCAUGUACAGUUGUAGCCGUAAAAACGUCCGAACAAGGGGCUAUUCGUUUAGAUUUUAUCGGUGAAAAAUACAUGAAAACUGUUGUUGACCGUUUAUCAGAAGAUGAGCCUGAUCAGGAAUCCUACCGGAAAAACUGCCUAUUUUCUUUGUUUUUAAAUCCAUCUUAUACCUUUUGGAACAUUUACAAUUCAUUCGAUAACUCCUUGGCAAUCUGGUCCCCUUACAUAAAACACAAAACUUUUAUUUUCCUUUUAAAUUUCCAGUACACCAGCUCAGCUUAUGAAUGGGUUGCCAUCGUCAGCCGUGCAUUGAAUUUUACUCCCGGAUCUUCUUUUUUCAUUGCCGUUCCCGCGUUUCAUAUUCAAUUGCGUCUCAGCUUUACUAGUCCCGAUUCUCAGUGUCUCAGAAAUGCUCAUUGCAGUUCUCCACAAAAAAAUGAAGCAAAUAUGGACUCAUCGGAGAAGGUUUCUCCUCAAACAAUCCAUGAUAGAGUUUUAAAAAAUUGGGAAGUUUCAGAGGCCGACUUUGUUGACUCAUGCUUAAACGUUUUAAAGCUUAACCCCGAAUGGUCUCAAAUUGUAAAACAAUGGUUCAAAAUGCAAAAUGUUGGCUUGUGCUGGAGAAUGUAUGAUCGCAUCAAAUGGAUUACAAACAUAGACAACCUCAGGUAUGUGGGAUUGUUGGCUGCCAAAGAUAUCUGCCAGCUUGAGUUACGACCUAAAAAUCAUUAUCCGUCAUUUGCUACAUUUCGAAAUGGGUCAAAAAUGAAGGAGCCUGUGCCUUAUGAAGGAUACCUAAUUCGCUUGACAACGAGUGCUGGACGAAGAGGUCGUUUUGGUAGACUGUUUCACAAGAAGCUAUAUUUUAUGGUUUUUAAUCACCUUCUACUUUCCAUCGAACCCAGUUAUGUUCUUCCUCUUGCCAUUUUAGUCGAAAAAUUCAAGAACCAAAAUGAUGCUCCAUUUCUUCAACACUCGCAAAUUGAUGAGCAUCAAUGCUUAUUUGAUCCAUUAAAAGAGGCUGGCGAUACUAUACCGUGGUUUGACAAUAAGUUAGACGAUGCUACAAAAGACCAUUUAUUGUCUUUGCUUCAAACAGAAAGAAAGCGUGAGUCGGAUAUACUUUCUUCGGCGAAUGGAUUUUUAGAUUUAUCGAAAGUUAAACAUGUUAAACCGGCAGCUAACGAAACUGACAAUAACGUUUUUGAAGUACAUAUGGUGAACGGAAUGUCUACAUUAUUCCAAAGCUAUAAUCAAAAAACAAGAGACAUAUGGAUAGAAAAACUUGGAGCGACUGCAAGAUAUUGGAAACAGCGUCUGAAUCUGGAUUUACAAGAAUUCUAUGAUGUCAGAGACACAAAUAUUAACAUAUUGCAUAUUGACUCAUCUAUUGAGCCUGUUGUUGCUUCUCAUAGUAAUUAUUGGGAAGUCUCGGAGUGUAUGGCAAGUACACAUAUCCACAACUAUUGCAACGUCCUAGGAUGCAGGAUCAUUCGGGCUCAAGGAGUGCUAUAUAUGCGAACAGGAGAUUUAUAUGAAAAGUGCUACGCUGUUCUUAUUCCCGGAAAGAUCAUCUUUUUUCGGGAUGCUACUAGGACGAGAUUUGGUAAACUCCACAGAAAAACGCACUUUCAAAAAUUCUCCUCUAUUUAUUUCAAAAAUGCCUACAUAUAUACUGGAUUUACGACAAUCACCGAAUUUUCCAAGAACCGACAAAAAAAUGAAGGAACAAGCAAUCGAUUACCUAAAUGUCAUGAAGACGGCUGGAAGUCUUUUGAUAAAGAUGAGAUGCUGUCUUUUGUUAUAUACUCGCAAUCUGAAUUGGAUUUCUCCUUGAUGAAUGCUUUUCCAGACGUCUAUAAGGUUCCUUCAAAAAAACACAAUAGAAAAGGAAACAAGUUUAUGUUUCUUGCUAGAACCAGGCAGGAACGUGAUGUAUGGGUAGAAAGGAUUUCCAGUGAAUUGAAACGGAUUCCGAACGAUUAA